CAGCCAUGGUGGUGGAGGUGUGCAGCUUCUUUGGAGUCUACCUCCUGUACUGCACCAACCCCCGUUACCACGGCCGAGUUUAUGUCGGCUUCACUGUCAAUCCUGAACGACGGAUAGGUCAGCACAAUGCUGGGAAGCGUCGUGGAGGGGCUUGGAAGACGAGUGGCCGUGGGCCCUGGGACAUGGUGCUAAUAAUCCAUGGCUUCCCCUCGGAUGUGGCUGCCCUGCGGUUUGAAUGGGCUUGGCAGCACCCGCACUCCUCGCGUCGCCUCACCCACAUCACCCGCCGCACUUCACGGGAGCGCCCAUUUGACUUCCACCUGCGUGUCUUAGCCUACAUGCUCCGAGCCGCCCCCUGGUGCCGCCUGCCCCUCACCAUACGUUGGCUCAAGCAGGAAUAUCAGAGAGACUUCCCUCCGGGUUUGGAACCUCCCUUACACAUGCCUGUGGCCUUUGGGCAAGUCCGUGCCGUCAGAGGAACCCAGGGGGUGAGACCAGAGCCCUCCGAAGAACUACCGGCGACUCCAAAACGCUGCAGCAUCUGUCUGAAAAGGUUCCAGGACAGGGAGGAGGAUGAUACCCCCCUGCGUUGUUUCCAUGCGGGCUGCUCCAUGGUGGCCCAUAUAAUUUGCCUGGCCCAAGCUUUCCUACGGCAAGAACCAGAUCAGUUCUUGCCUAUAGAAGGGCAAUGUCCGGGCUGCAAGAAUCUUGUGCUCUGGGGAGACCUGAUUCGUCAUCAUAAGGGGUGCUACGGGGACCUAGAGACUGACCCCUCCUCCUCCCAGGAACAUUGGGCCAGUGAGCUGAACUGUGAAGGAGUCCACAGAAACCUGACUGUCGAGGGUGACUCCUCUCUUUUAGUGGAAGAUGACCUCGGAAUCCUAGCCCCUCCUUAA